CCCCCUUAAUCCAUCCGCCGAUGCUAGGCCGUACAAAUUACCUGGCAUCAGUGAUAACAUGGGUAGAAGAACCAGUAAGAUGCCUAUAACGUUAUCUUUAUCGAUUACCAUCUUCUUGCUCAUUUUAUCGCAUGUAGCUUUAGUCUCUGGAUAUGGGACCACAUAUGAAUUUGGAGAAGACUGUUCCGAUCUUUCUAAAGAUGUAUAUGAGAAUAGUGAAAAAUACGUUGAAUACCAUGGAAAGAAAGUCUCAUCAAUCUGCGACUACUUCAAAUUCCGUGGAGAAGGGGACGAUAUUUUAGACGAGUAUUCAGUCUGUGUGACUCCUCUUUAUUUCAAUGACACUGACUGUGCAGUCGAAAUAGACAUCAAAACAUCCUAUUCUGGCGUCACUAAACACAGAAUAACAUGUACUGCAAACAAAAGAGCAAAGUAUUGUGGACCCCAAGAUGAAAGUCUUUAUAUAAAGUUUAAGACCCAUUUUGGAAGAGAUUCGAAUGAAGCCAACUUUAAAUUAAAGAUCACAGCGAAGAAAGAAUAUGACUUUUUAGACACAGAUGAUAGCUUAGACUAUUCAGCUCUGGUGGGUGCCAUAGUUGGUGGCGUCAUCAGCGGCCUCGUUCUCAUCACAGUGUGUAUUGCUUUAUUUUGCUGGUGUGUGUGUAAACGGAAGCAAUCCCCGGGGAGAGUUGUCAACGCAACUCAGGGAUAUAUGGUAAACCCAUAUGUGGCCCAUGCUGCCCAAACACAACAGAACACAAUGGCGACGCCCUCCAGCAUUUCAUCACCAGGCGUUUAUCCCAUGACAGCAUAUUUACAAGCAGGGAGGCUUGCAAAUCAACAGACACAUGGAAACAGUUUUUCCGAUGCACCACCAAACUAUGCGGCGGUGACAGAGUCAUCAUCCUCACACGUUUGUGACACAAUUCAAGAAUCGUCCAUACCGCCAACUUAUGACGAAGUCGUUCACAAAUAACGUUUAAAUAAAUGAAUGUCUUUCUUCGGUUAAAAAAACGAUGCAUUGACAAAGAAUUAUACUUGCACAUUCCGGUAACAGUCGUUAAUGUUUUAUUUUGCCCAAAAAAGUUAAAAUUAAAGUUCUAAGUCAAAGAAUUGGGAUGAACUAGUUUAUUUGUUAUGUUAAGUAAAAACCGAUAAUACUUUGGUUGAAUAUUUAUGACAGCUUUUAAAAAUUGCAUAUAUUGAAUACAUCUAACAUUUAUGGAGUUUAAGAAACUUCAUAGUAAACAUGUUAAUGUCUUUCAAAUUUGUCGCAGCUAGAAUAACCAGUGAAUGGCAGAGCGAGGAAUACUCUUUCUCUUAUUCAAACUGGGUUUCCUCAACUUUUUAAGGGUCCUAUACUUACAUUCAUUCUUAUCCUAUGACAAGCUUCCAUAAAACUUUUUGUUUGAUAUAAUGUCUUCUUACACAAAAUUAUUCUUUUAAAUGGGGUGGGGGUAAAGCAUAUAUUUGACAGAGUAUAUGUUUUCAACCUCACUUUUGUAUUUUCCCCCUGUUAAAACUAAUUGAAAAGGAAUAAAUGACCAUAGUGUCAUGUUUCAAUAAAGGGAAAAUUCAAUACGUUCCACAACCGAGCCAUUGACGUCAUUCGAAUGUGGAGUUCAAAAUUUUGAUAGUUACCUUUCCUUUGAAACUAUCCACUUUUAUCAAUUAUCAAUUUAGGAAUACAAAGCUUUGAAAUAGAAAUCCAACAUUUAACAUUUCUUGCCCUAAUUUCAUCAUUGCUAAUUUGUAGACAUUUAUGUGACAUUGACGCAUUAGAGUAAUGAAACGUCAAAAAUCAGUUUGAUUUUAAUAUAAUAAUCAUAAAAUUACAAUACAUAAUGCCAUAUUUUGUACAAAACAAUUCAAAUUAUUCGAACUUGAAGCUCAAAAUUUGGAUACUUUUAAGUUAACUUUCCCUUGUAACUAUUCCUGUCAUUAAUAUUGGAAUAUAAAGUUUUCAAACAAAAAACAUCAAGUUUUCAAAUAAAAACCAACAACACUGGAUAUAUGUUGCCCUGAAUUUGUCAUCGCCAAUUUUAGAAACUUAAGUGACAUUGCAUUGAUGCAUAAGAGUAAAAAAAGUCAUAAUUAAGUUUGAUUUGGAUAUAAUUGCCAUAAAAUUACAAUAUAUAUCGCCAUAUUUUGUAUUUAUUGCUCACUUUUUACUACCACAAUGAUCUGUUUUGAAAUGUGCAGUUUUUCGAAUAUAUUCUAAAUUUAACUGAU